AACUGACAUAUGCGGAAAUACCCGGACGACAUAGAUGUGCGGACCCGUGCAGCAACUUACUGAAAACAGUGAAUAUCAGUAUUUUACUUUUUAUUUACAGUCUAUGAUAUUUUAUGUCACGUCAGUGUCUGAAAACAGCUUUAAAACAGGAACAUGUGGACUCAUAAAUAAUGUCUGAAGCUGCCCUUGAGGAAGUUUCUGUUUUAUCGUCAAUUUAUUGCAAAGAGGGAGAGUUUCAGCUCAUCCAGGAGUCUGCUCAGGAUGGACUUGUGGUUCAGAUUAAUUGCACUGUCGGAGGAGGAGGAGGAGGAGGAAGACAGCUGGACGUGAGUCUGUUGUUCCGUCUGCACCCUGGCUACCCCUCCUGUCCCCCCGACAUCUCCGUCUCCUCUACUCGUCUUUCCAGGAGUCAGUGUCACAACAUCAAACAGAAGCUGCUUGAUCAAGCUGCAUCUCUACCACCAGAGCCAAUGGUUCAUCAGCUGGUGGAGUGGUUGCAGUGUGUGGAGGUGACCCAUGAAUGCAGAGGAGAGGAGGAGGUGAAAGAGACAGAAAAAGAGGAGGAAUGGACUGCGGUGCUGUCGUUGGACCACAUCCGUUCUCAAAAUCGUUACAUUGGACUGCUGGAGCGUUGGAGCCAGCAGCUGCAGCUCACUGGGAGGUUGUUACUGGGGCGGAGUAUACUGAUUAUUCUGCAGGGAGCGAGAAACGAAAUAAAGGAAUUUUGUCGCCUUUUGAAGACAGUAAAGGUGGAUGUGGAUUCUUGUGGAAAGAAAUGCAAAGAGAGAAUGAUGAAGGUUCUCACCGAAGCCCCUUUGUCUUCCUCCUCUGGACCUGGCACUCUGCAGGGUUUCGUUGUGGUUAACUACCAGUCUUCUUCAGAGCUGACGGCAGCCUUCCAGGAAAUGAACCUGACUGAGCUCUACCAGCAAAUCCUGCCAUCUUUAAGUGAGUGACAGAUCACAAGUUACCACAGUGACUGAACAGACAGUGGGUUGAGCUCAACAGCAGACUCACAGAAACACUGGAAAGACUGUUUAUGUAGUCGCUGAUCAAUUCUAAUGCUUUGCUUCACUUCAGUUGAUGAACUGAUAAAAUAAUAAGAGACCAGAGAUGAAGUCUGCUGCUCUUUCUUUUUAAUGAAAGUAUUGUACUGAUCAUUUUAGUUGUUAUUUGGUGAAAUUUCAUACACAUGUAAAUAUAUGUAUAAACAAAAUAUUUCAAUAAAGUGCUUUUUGGAUUCA